AUGAGUGGAGGAAUAGUUAUUACACCUAUAUUUAAAGAGGAAGGUAAUAUCCAGGAUUCUAGCAAUUACAGGAGGUUCAAAUUAAUGUAUUAUACCAUGAAAAUAUGGAAGAGGAUAAGUGAAAAUCUAGAGAAGGCCUAUGAUAGAGUGCUAAGGCAGGAACUCUGGAGAAGCAUGAGAAGGAAGGGAGUGUCUGAAAAAUAUGUUUGGAUCAUCCAAGACAUUCAUGAAGGAGCAAGAACUCGGGUGAGAACCAGUGCUGACACAACAGGAUGGAUCACAGUUAGAGUUAGCCUACAUCAGGGGUCCUCUUUAAGUCCUUAUCUGUUCGACCUCAUUAUGGAUGUAUUGGCGGAAGGGGUUACAGAACAGGCUCCUUGGUGCAUGAUGUUUGCAAACAUUUUUAUCGCCAGUACCAGUAAAGAGGAGAUCGAGAUCACUGGAAAAGUGCUUUAG